ACGUGAAUAGGGGCGUGUUUGUGAGCGUAUAAAGUGGUGUGUUUAGGGGGAGCAGCGCACUAGCCAGUUAUAGACGGCCGAGGACCUACCAUUGACAAUUUAUAUCAAGACUACGUGUCACCACGUUAGUCAGAGGAAAAUCAAUCAAGAUAGCAGUCGUUGGACAAUGUAUGACUCUCUCACUCAUAGGCCUUUCUGUAGUGAUUUUUAUUUUUGUUUGCCAUACAAAACUGAUCUUACCUAAGUUUAAACUGUUUCAUAGACAGUCCUAUCGAGUUCAGGGUAGUAGUGUUCAACCACAGUUAAAAACGGAUUCCUUCUCUAGUACUUAUUUCAAACAGAAAAACUUCUCUCCGUUAGCAAAAAUGGUCAAAGAAAACAAGGAGGACACGACGGGGAACAGACGUUAUCAAUUUAGUCUUAAGUUUACAACUACAAUGCAAACAAUCGUGAGCAAACGAAACUUUAAUCAAAAGCAGAAAACUGUUCAUACUACAGCGCAGAUCAGAGCAAACCACCAAACGAUAGAACAUAUUACUUCAGUACAUUCUCUGCAAAAAAUGACCCCAGAGUACACCACUGGUAAGAAAAAGCCUGGUUUACCGAAAGAUCCUUUGACAGCUAAAGAAAAGUGGACGGGUCAAACUGUACAAGACACAGGAGACCAACGAUUUCUCGUGUUUCGAUAUCUUGGUAGGUUUGGCAAUGUUAUGUUCAUAUAUGCAUCAUGUUAUAGUCUUGCUCUCAAACACAAUCGAACGCUAUUUAUGUCUAAAACAGACAAAAUAUACCAACCAUUUGCCAAUAUACCAACACCACGGACACCAGAUAAAAAGCGUUGUAAAGGCAAAGAAGUCACUUUCAAACAAAAACGGUCCAGAUAUUAUGAGAGAUUAAACGUAUCAGAAACAAACGCCUCCUGUGUGAGAAUCGAUGGUUUUCUUCAAUCAUGGAAAUAUUUUGAAGAUUAUUUCGAUGAUAUUCGAAAUCAGUUCAUGUGGAAGACUUAUGUCAGAGAAAAGGCUCUACAGACUAUAGAGACACUAAAAAUUCAAACAUGGCCGGAUAUCCCUUCUUCAAAUAUAACAACUGUAGGUAUCCACGUUCGCCGCGGUGAUUACGUUACAUCAAAACGCCCAAUGGCAGAUCGCGCAUAUUUUGAAUCUGCAAAAGAGUAUUUUCUUAAGAAUUUUUCGAAUGUCCUUUUUAUUGUUAUAUCAUCGCCCAACAAAAACGACCGAGCUUGGUGUGUAGAUAACAUACAAAAUGGAAGUGGCGUGACCGUGAUUGCAGGAUCCAGGGACAAAUUCGUUGACAUGGCACUGCUAUCCAUGACGGAUCACGUCAUUAUAUCGACCGGGACGUUUGGAUGGUGGGCUGGAUUUCUGAACAAAGGGAGAGUACUCCAUUUUGACUGGAUCCCUGUGAAUCAUAGUCGGUUUAAGAGAGAUGAUUAUAUUUUACCCCACUGGAUUGGGGUUAAAGCCGUUAACAGUGUUAAAAAUAAUGUGUCUAUCUUUCAAACUGUUCCAUUAUAAUGAGGCAAUUGUCAUAGUCCAUGAGCCAAGCGCAGAAAUAUAGUUUUAAAGAAAAAAAUCAAAAUCUAAUCGUCGCAAUUUUUGAAAUAUGUUUUUAUUUUAUCAGUUUUUCUUUCAAAGCUGACUGUCAAAGAAUUGUUAAGUCAUAAUUUGGUCAGAAUAAAAACUAUUUUUCUAUGUAUGAGGUUUAAAAUAUUAAAAGGAUUAUAAUUAUAUUUAGCCAGAGAUAACCAAGAACAUUUUCUUUGCACAAAAACAUUAUAUAUAUAUCACCGUUUGAUUAUAGAUUGAAAACGAAAUGUCUCUUCUAAGUUUAAAAAAAUAUUUGUUCCUAGUAUAUGGAGAAUUUACUUGAUGAAUAAAUCUAAUUUACAAACGUGAUGGGUUGGUGUUGUGUGUCUUUUGUUAAUAACACUGACGAAACCACAAGUUAUCGAACUUUUCUUGAGGCACCUGUCUUCACUCUCUUCGGUAAUCUUUACCUCUGUAACCUUAGCUGUAAACAAGAGGCAAACGUGCUGCAUUUUAGAUAAAGGCAAGGACUGGUUUACCCGAUGUAAGUGUAAAGUAACCAGGUGGACUGCUGUGCUGAGUGACUUUUGCAUGGUUUGGAAGUAAGACGCAAGCACGCAUACACUACGCACAUGGAGGCAAGUCCUUAAAUGACCUUAUAUGUUGAUAGGACGUACACAGAAUUAAACCAAACCCAACCAAACUUAAGAAGUCAAUAUAUGAUCGACAAUAUAUUGUGAAAGCAAAAAUAAAACAUACCACCUACAACACACAUGUAUGCCUCCACGCGGUGUGAAUGUGUACCACCUACAACACACAUGUAUGCUUUGCAUACUUUGAGACACGUUCCUAAAUCACUUGUGGUAAUAGGAUGCUAAACCUUUUGACAACACUUUAUUGUUCAGAAACAUUGAUUCCACAAUAUGCAUCACGAAAGACAAAACUUUAUUGUUCAUAAACAUUGAUUUCACAAUAUGCAUCUCGAAAUUUGUCUAACAUAGUCACUGAUGUACCGAUCUUUUUGACCCUAGAUGAUUUACUAGGGUGUACACACUAUU